GUUCACUUCCCAUACAUAUCUAUUAUUCAAAACCCAGAGAUCAGAAGAAAAGAAAAAAAAAAACAGAGAGAAGAGAUUUUGGUAAUGGCGACCAAUGCGGAAAUCAAUGGGCAAAAUAAGGAGAACCAAGCUGGAAGGCACCAAGAAGUUGGCCACAAGAGUCUCUUGCAAUCUGAUGCCCUUUACCAGUACAUACUUGAAACAAGCGUUUAUCCAAGAGAGCCUGAACCCAUGAAACAACUCCGACAGUUGACUGCAAACCACCCUUGGAACAUCAUGACAACCUCUGCUGAUGAAGGCCAGUUCUUGAACAUGCUCCUCAAGCUCAUCAACGCCAAGAACACAAUGGAAAUAGGUGUUUACACCGGUUACUCUCUCCUCGCCACCGCCCUUGCUCUCCCCCAUGACGGAAAGAUAUUGGCUAUGGACAUCAAUCGCGAAAACUACGAAUUGGGUCUCCCUAUAAUUCAAAAAGCCGGUGUAGCUCACAAGAUUGAUUUCAGAGAAGGCCCUGCCCUCCCUGUUCUCGACCAAAUGAUUGAGGAUACUGAAUAUCAUGGGUCGUUUGAUUUCAUUUUUGUGGAUGCUGACAAGGACAACUACCUUAACUACCAUAAGAGGCUGAUUGAUCUUGUGAAGGUCGGGGGAUUGAUUGGCUAUGACAACACCCUCUGGAAUGGAGCUGUGGUGGCACCACCUGAUGCCCCGCUCAGGAAGUAUGUCAGGUACUACAAGGAUUUCGUGUUGGAGCUGAACAAGGCCUUGGCUGUUGAUCCAAGGAUUGAGAUUUGCCAGCUUCCUGUUGGUGAUGGGAUCACUCUGUGCCGCCGCAUCAGCUGAUCAUCAACCUGAACCAGGGCCAGGGGCAUUGUUGUUGUUUACUUAUAUUUGUUUUCAUUGUUCUCAUUGUUCAGUAGUUCUGGAUGUGAAGAUUCCAAAUUACAAAAAAAAUCCCUGAGUUUAAUGUGUUUUUCAAUUUAAACAUGG